AUGAAUCCUUACUUCAUCAAGAAAGGAGACGGAGAGCCACGAACCUACUUUCCUGUGCCGGAGGAGAACCAGAAAGAAGUCUUGAUCCAUGGCCGGGUGCAGGGGAGGUAG